AUGAAGGCUCCCUACUCCUUCUUCUGUCUCCUCUUUUUGAGCUUGGCAGCCUGUGUCCCUCCUGACGACAGAAAGGAAACGGGAGAGCCAGGGGACGGGAUCCGGUUUGAGACAAGCUGGCAGGGACCGGCAGACGACGCCUCUCAGAACGGCCUGUGGAGGGAAGUGCUGUGGUGGAGGAGAUUCGAAGACCUCCGUUCCCUGUUCAGCGUGGCCAAGGAGCUCCAGGGCUUUGGCAAGGAGAGGGCUGGCUUCAGGUUCAGGUUCGGGAGGCAGGAAAGCCGGGAAGAGGAAGGCGAAGGGGUCGGUUUCCUGCGGGGGGACGGUGAGAAGCGCAGCAGCACCCUGGGGAACCUGGCGGAGGAGCUCAAUGGCUACAACAGGAAGAAAGGGGGAUUCAGCUUCCGCUUUGGCAGAAGAUGAAGGACUGGACUUGACUGAGUCACCCCGGGGGGUCAUACCCUUUACUCUGCCCUUCCCAACUCCUGCCAUCUCCAGCCAAAGAAGUGCUUCGGGUCCCAUUCUCUUCUACCCUGCCCGCUAAUUUCCCUUGGAGAAGAGGGUUCGGGGAGGUUGCUAUUUUUGGGUACCACACUCUCUCCAUCACUUUCAACUCUGUCUCAGAUAUCACAUCCCCACCUCAGUGUCCAUGUCCCUGCUAGGCCAGGCCCCCGAUCGGGGACUCGGGGGGUGGGAGAGAAAAGGAGGGUGGGUGUUAAAACCCCGGCACCUUGUGCUGCCUUUGCUGGAGCUCACUAUAAGUAACCGGGGGCCGAGCAGUGUUCAUGCUGCCCCUGAUUGUUCUGAGCAGUCGCCCGCUCCACUGUCAGGACAUUGAGCGGGGUGCGCUGCUAUGAAUAAGAAUCAGCAGACCCAGCGCUGCCGUGCUGGUAAGUUAAAGUAGAGAGACUGAAUGAUUAUAGGGGGAUAAUCAAAGUGUUGACAGGCUCCAUAGGGACUGCCUGGAGCUGACAUCUGGAAUACGGCUGUGAAUGAGGAAUAGGUCCCACUGGGCACGGUGUACAGUUCUAAAAGCUCCUGCUCUCUCUCAUUAACACAAACUCCCUCCGGCAGCAAAUGCUGUUCAGUGUCACGAUGCCAUUUACAACAGGAUUGCUCCUGCGUGCAAACCAGGACCAGGCAAAAUGGCCCAAUAAACUGUCAUCCUUCAAAAUCCCACAGAGCGAGUAUGCCA